CCGUAAGCUAUCUACAAAAGCGAGUUUGAGUCGGUGAGUUUGAAAUUAGGCAUCUAGUCUGCCGGAGAGCCAGAAGAAGAAGAGUUUGAAAUUAGCAUACCUGCUACCGUUAUAACUCAACUCCCGAAACCGUAAAUUAAAGAUGCUCCUUGUUGUGCUGGUAUGCAGCCUGUCCGUGUCACUGGCUGCUACGGGGCAGCAGACCGACGACGACUGGAUAGACCCUUAUGAUAUGCUCAACUACGAUUCAAGCACCAAAACGAUGAGGAAGCCUGCAGAGCCAACAAAGUAUGACAGUGUGCCAACUACAAGAAGAGAGUAUACCAAGGACUCCAGCCAGGCUGAGCUGACAUCGUGCAUCAGUCAGAAGGAAGAACUAGAGAAGAAAAUCCAGCUCAUCUUACAGCAGCCCACAUGCAGUCCAGUGUUCAUGCGAUUCCUUAGGAGACUCCAGAAGGAAAUUCAGAGAGUUGGUUUGCCCAGUGACUCUACGUACACUCACUAUGAUGCAAACAUCAAACUGUCCAGACAAGACAUGACAGAGAUUGAGAGACUUCUGGAGGGUGAAGACAGCUGGAGAACAGGGGCUCUGGACAAUGCCAUCAGUCAGAUACUAGUGGAUCUCAGACCACAUGACCGUGAGGUUUGGAGGUGGCGUUUUGAAGACACCUUUGGCGUGGAGCUUGACACACUUUUAAAAGUGUUGCUGCUUGUUCUGAUCAUAGUGGCGAUCAUAUGCACUCAGCUGUGGUCAACGGUGUCCUGGUUCACGCAGUUCAGGAGACUGUUUGCUGUCUGCUUUUUGAUCAGCAUUGUCUGGAACUGGUUCUAUCUGUACAAGAUUGCCUUUGCUGACCACCAAAACAACAUAGCGAAGAUGAAUUCUGUGUAUGAAAAAUGCACUGGAAUGAAGAAAAUUGACUGGACGGAUAGCUUGAAAGAGUGGUUCAGAAGCACCUUGACUCUUCAAGAUGACCCGUGUAAGAAAUACUAUGAAGUCCUUGUGGUCAACCCCAUUCUGCUGGUAUCUCCAACCAAGGCGUUCACAGUUACCAUCACAACCCUCAUCACAGAUCCACUGAAGCACAUCGGCCAGGGGAUCAGCGAGUUUCUUGUAGCACUCCUCAAAGACCUACCAGUUACCCUGCAGAUCCCAGUUUUCCUCGUUGUCAUGUUGUGUGUUUUGGUAUUAAUGUAUGGAAGUGUACAGGCAGCUUUCCAGCAUGGCAUCGCUGCACCUUUCCGCCAUCCUCGAAGGGAUCCACCUCCUCUGCAGGUGGCGCAACUGCAGAUUCACCUCCAGGGGAUCGAGGACUUUGACCGCUUAGCAGGAGGGGAUGCACCACAACAUUCCCAGAGGCACCGAGCAGAUGAUGGCAGAUUAGACAGGAACCAGGUUCAUCAGAGGCGACACAACAGACCCAGAGAAGAGCAAGCCAAGGUAGUUGUGGUGACAGUACGCACUGCCGAGUCUCCUUACAGUGAGGAUGAGAUGGACGCUGGGCGGCGUGAGGCGGAGCCGAAUCUCUCUGCUGAGUCCGAUUCAGGAAAGCAAGAGGAGCUGGCUGGAGCGAGUGCUAGCAGUGUUGAAGCUAACACAGCCCAGUCAAAAACUAAACCCAAUGACUCCUAUUCAUCUCCAUCAAAGACUAAAACUGAGGAAGCGAAUGAAAACCUUUCUAAAGAUGAACUCAACAGACACAGUGCAGCAUCUAGAUCUCAGCCAGCAGCAAGGCGGCCUUCACAAACUGAUGUACAGGACCAGCAAUCCUCAGCAGAAAACAGGACUUCCGCUGACUCACUGAUACAAGUUGAAACUGUGGGAGUUCCUGUACAGGAGUCCUCUCCAAUAUCAGCCGAGUAGACCGAUUCUACGUCAGUCAGAAGAGGAAGAAUAACCAUUAGUGUUUGGUGCUUUUUGCUGGACUGUGGAGAGUAGAUAUCGUUGACUAACUGAUUUACAGACAUUGUUUUAAUGUGGGCGUACAAUAUUUUGAAGUUUACCCAAGGAGGAACCACCAGAGUGUUGCCAACUGACUUUGUCUGCUGUGCGGUCAACUGAAUGUGCCUUAACCUGAGCAGAGAGUAACCAAUACUGUUUGGUGAAUCUACUAAAUGUUUCAUGAUUUCAGCUUUUCCUGGGAAAAAGGAAACAUAUAUACACACAGAUAAAAGCAUUAUUUACUUGAUCUGGUGUUUUGGUGUCUUACUCGUGGACAGGAGUCAUUGUGUUAAAAUCUAGGUUUGAAUUGUUGUUUCAUUGUAACCUAAUUAUAUUGAAAUUCUUUCUGAAUGUGAAAAAAUAAAUCUUGGAUUUUGUAAUUUACUAGGAAUGAUAACAAUUUCUUUAUGCUGUUUUUUCCUUUUAUUUUUACAAUGAGCUAUUAAAAUUAAACAUCCAUCCUGCCAA